GAAGAAUUUCUCGGGAGCACGACUUCCGGUCUGUAAGGGAAGCCUCCUCCUUUUUCUCUCAGACCGCUUCCUCCCCACACCCCUGCCACUCGAGGCUGCGGCGCACGGACUCGGGUGAAGCUGCAGAGCUGCCUUUGAGCCCUGACUCAUUGGCUUCCUGGGUCGGAGGAGAUCUUGUAAUGGAGUGGUUCCUCGUCUCACACUAACAAGAUGCCUGAUUUCCUCAGGAUCGAGGGAUUGAAGAAUGUCCCGGGUUCCGCUGGGGAAAGUCCUCCUGAGAAAUGUCAUUCGGCAUACAGAUGCUCACAAUAAGAUCCAGGAAGAAUCAGAUAUGUGGAAAAUAAGAGAAAUAGAGAAACAGAUGGAAGAUACUUACCCAGAAACCAAAAGGAAAAUGUUACCCAGCAGUUCAAGUCGGAUGCGUAGCGAUGGUUUUGAUGAAGAAAGUCAGAGAGAAUACUGGAGGCCAAAGACUGAAAUUUCUGGGACACUGGAAGAUAAUUUUCUUAAGGCUAAGUCCUGGAACAAGAAGUUAUAUGAUUAUGAAGCUAACAUGCCAGACAGAUGGGGUCACAGUGGUUAUAAGGAGUUAUACCCUGAAGAAUUUGAAACAGACAGUAGUGAUCAGCAAGAUAUUACCAAUGGGAAGAAAACAUCUCCUCAGAUAAAAUCAUCUACCCAUGAAUCCCGCAAACAUAAGAAGUCAAAGAAGUCCCACAAAAAGAAGCAGAAAAAAAGGUCACACAAAAAACAGAAGAAAAGCAAGAAGGAAGCCAUAGAUAUAACAGCAGAUUCUUCAAGUGAGUUCUCAGAAGAAACUGGUGCUUCUAGUACCAGGAAAAGGAAGCAACCACAUAAGCGCAAGAAAAAAUCCAGAAAAAAGUCUCUCAAAAAACCAGUUUUAUUUUUAGGGACAGAAAGUCACACUUCCCAGUCAGAUGAUUCAGCAUCCAGUAGUUCUGAAGAAAGUGAGGAAAGAGACACUAAGAAAACCAAAAGGAAAAAGAGAGAGGAAAAAGUCCAUAUUCCUGUAGCUAACAAUGAAAUACAAAAAAGGACAAACAAACGCACAAAUUGGAAAGUGGCUACAGAUGAGAGAUCUGCUGAGAGCUCUGAGGAUGACUAAAUGGGAAAGAAAACAUUGUUUCCCACUUGACUCUGCAUAUUUACAGCUCUUAGGGGUUUUUGCUAAUGACUUCUUCAGCAUAGGGGGUCUGAAGUCAGAGCUGUUCUGUGCCAGCUAUACAUGUUUCGACAGACUCCUUGUCUUCUAUUUUGGCCUGUUAAACUUGAUCCCCUUUUCUUGUUAAUGGGAAAUCUGGUAUUUUGUUAUGAAGGUUUCUUGAAGAGAUUAUUUUUUGCAAUUAAUCACAUUUAGUGUAGAGUACAUAUAUAGCAAAUUAAAGGACCCAGAAAGCUAAAUCCAAUAUUGACCUGGGUACACCUACUGGAAUGUUGAAUUGGGGGAAAUUAAGGGCUGGGAUCAAGAAUUGGAUUGGAAGCAAUGCUAUGUGCAGUGGUUGGACAAGGGAACACUACGCUGCUCUCUGUCAUUUACAUAGUAGGUGUCAUAUCUAACUUGUCUCUAGCCUUGGUGCUUUGAUCCUUCAGUGUUUUGAUUCCACAGCUAUGGUCUAGUUUACUUAAUGAGGGAAUAGGCAUAAGAACAAAGCACUGCCUUUCAUGAUAAUAUCUACCGACAACUAUUAAAAGGGACUAGGGUUUUCUCAAAUUUCCUUAUAGCCCUAACAUCUGGUAAUUGGAUAGUAAAUGGUUUGGAGUUCCAUUGUUGUAUAUUGCCUAAAUGGACUUGUGUUUGAAAUUAUUUCUUCAGUUGUUGGCCGUGACAUCUAUUAAAUGGGAAGAAUUAGGAGUCAGUUAUGCUAAUUAUGUUCUGAAAGAGAUUCAGAGUGACAGCCAUCUAAGUCUUUUUUUUCUUUUUGGGGGAGGGGGCAGUAUUGAAGAUUGAACCCAGGGCCUUAUACCAGACAAGUGAUCUACCACUGAGCUAUACCCCCAGCCCUGUUGUCUUCCUUACUCAUUUCUAAUUCUAUUCAUUAAUUUUAUAUUUUCCCUGAAACUAAGUUGAAUCAGUUCCAAAAUGAAACAAGCUUCUCAGGGACAUACUCAACUUUUUUCUAGACAGCUUUUGGAUUAAAGUACCAAGUGGAGACCACAUUUUUUCCUUUUGCUAUACUGUGAUCCCUACUAUGUUAAUUCUUAAGAAACCAAAAUAUCACUGAAAGAAGGCUGGUAGAAUACAAGUGAAUUUUUCAUUAUGGGAGGGAAGGUAAAGUGACAGGUUAGUUUUUUUCCCUGGUUGUCAACUUCAUGAGCUGAGUAAAAAGCUUAGAAAGUCCAGUUAUUUGGUCUUGAUUCGGCUGAUAAUUGGUAGAGUUCUAGAGCAGGUUAAGUUAACCUCCCUGGCCUUACUUUCCUCAUGUGUAACAAAAUACUUCAUGGUAGUAUGAUAGUUCAAGACAUCAGCAAUAGAAUACAACUAUGAUGACAUUACAUGAAGUGGUAUUUUAAUAGUUCUUAGUUCUCUUUGUGGAACAGAUUUCUAAAUGCUUGGUUUUAACUUGCAUGGUUGGCUACAAGUGCCCUGUUCCUUCAUUAUGAGCAGGUGCUAUCUUUUGGGAUAUUUAUUUGAGAUAUUCUUUGGUACUCAAUUGUCAAUGUUCUCUGGUGUAUAUUUUUAUCCUUGGGAUAAGUGGAGGCCUACAAUGGGAAGAGUCUACACUACCUCUUAACCUUCGCAGGACAAGUGGAAUCUUUGUUGAAAAUUUUUACCAUGUAUUUUUUAAGCACUGUUUUUAUGCUCUAAAAGUACUGAUUCUUAAGCACAGAUACAGGAAAGUAGGCCAGUGGAAUAAAGCACCUCCAGGAAGAGGUGGGUCUGUUUGGGUCUUGAUCUUUCCCUCCACCCAUACUAACAGGCUUAACUUUUUCCCAGGGAAUACAUGGUUUUUUUGGGGUUUUUUGCCACAUCUAUUCUUGGCCAUGUAAAAGCAAUAAAGCUUUUUCUGUUCUUCA